UGGAUAUAAAAGGGGCACAACUCCUCUCCAAACAUACAACGCUGCCAUCAACUCCUCUCCAAACACACAACGCUGCCAUCAACUCCUCUCUAAACGCACAACGCUGCCAUCAACUCCUCUCUAAACGCACAACGCUGACAUCAUCUCCUGACUGAGCAAGCUGAGGCAACAGACCAAGAUGGCCAAACCAGAAACAAUGGACGUCUAUGAGCAGCUGUGGACCAACAGUAAGGACCUUGCUGAGAAGACCCUAAAGCUUCCCUUCUUCCAGCACAUGCAGAGGGGCGACCUCCAGUCAGACACGUACGCGACCUUCAUGCUGCAGGACAUCACAGUUCUGGUGGAGAUCAGAGAGACACUGAAGGAGACCAUCAGCGAGGUGAACGACCCUGAACUUAAAGCCUUCUUUGUGGAGAGAUACGAGACCUACAAGAAGUAUGCUGAUGAAGCCUUGCAGAAAUUCUCCCUGAAGGAUGUGAAGUCCAUCGUUCCCAUCGAGCCCACGCAGCGGUACCAGUCGUUCAUGCGCUCUGGCAAGGACGUGAAGACAGCUGUCAGCAGCUGCAUCAGCAACGACCCGGAUCAUGUGCUCUUCUGGGCCAUAAGGAUGCUGGCACGUGAGCGGCUGUGGUUGUGGCUAGCCAAUCAGAUGAAGGAGGGCUACGGCAACGCCUACUUCACCUGGAAGCGGGAGAACAUGCUGCAGUGGAACCCUGAGAAGCACUACAAGAAGAUCAUCAACGACAACGUGACCGACCUGCGCGUAAUCGAAGAGUACAUUAGUUGGUUCAACGCGGUGAUUCAGCACGAGCACGAUAUCUGUGCCUUCUUAGUGCCUGCGUAGUGAGAGCAUUACAUUACAUUACAUUGCAUUACAUUACAUUGCAUUACAUUAGAUUGCAUGUGGCAGACGCUUUAUUACCAAAGCGACUUUCGAAA